UUUACACCGGGUUUCCCCACCCACUCUGUAAUUUGGUGGAGAAAGCCGAGAGUAAGGACGUGUAAAGGUGAUUCUCAUGUAAAUAGGGCUAUCAGGUUCCCCUAUAUCUGUAUGUGGAUUACGUUUCUGCUCCAGGGGAAAAAAUAAAUCUUUUCUUUUUGCAAAAAAAACAACUCUUUCCACUCCAUUUCUCUUAACUGUGUCAAACGACUUGCUCUGAGUGUUUACCACGUUGCACAAACGCACUAAGUGGCAUUUCUGGGACCCGGCUAUUUAGGCGUCAAAGAUAUCCGCGCUGCUCCUGGAGCUGCCGCCGGAGCUGAUCCGCAGCAGGGAAGUCCGUCCAUAUUUGUUUUAAAAGUCUCUUAGCAGUUAAUAAAGAUGCAUUUCCUCCUUCCCCCUUCCUGUGGGGACGGUAUCAGGGCUCUGUUAAGUCUCUUUGAUUUCCAGCACCCCUCCAAUCACAGCGAGACCCUGACUCAUCAUUGUGUCACUUCAAAGCCUGGGAAUGGCCCUCCUGGCUCCACCUACCUAUGGAUGCCCCUUAAAAGUCAUGGUCACCCUCUCCUGCAGCAUCCAUGUGAUGCAACAGGACGGAGUUGUUUGGACUGAGCUGAACUGCUGGAUUUGUCUUCAACACAUGAGCCGGGGGGAUACCUUUUUUUUUUUUGGAUUUGGCUAAUAUUUGGAUUGCGCGUCACCCUUUCAUGCAUAAAAAUCCCAAACUUCCCCUGUCGUCCCACUGAAGCUGGAAAAUGCAGUCCAUCAGGGAGCUGAAGUCUAACUUCAGCGGUCCACCUCCUGCCUCCAUGGCCGCCGGCCCUGAUGCCUAUCUCCAGGGCAGCAUCCGGAUGACUCUGGAGGAUCUCGACCUCUGGAAGACGUUCCAUGAAAUUGGAACGGAGAUGAUAAUCACCAAACCGGGCAGGAGGAUGUUCCCACACUGUAAAGUGAGCUUAUCUGGUCUGAUCCCAUGUGCCAAGUACAUCCUGCUGGUCGACAUGGUUCCUGAGGACGGCUUCAGGUAUAAGUGGAAUAAAGAGAAAUGGGAGGUGGCAGGAAAAGCGGAGCCUCAGCCUCCCUGCAGGACCUACCUGCACCCAGACUCUCCAGCCCUGGGGAGCCACUGGAUGAAGCAGAGCAUCUCGUUCCUCAAGCUCAAGCUCACCAACAACACACUGGACCAGCACGGGCACAUCAUCCUGCACUCGAUGCAUCGCUACCACCCGCGCUUCCACGUGGUCCAAGCAGAUGACCUGUUCAGUGUCCGCUGGAGCGUGUUCCAGACGUUCACCUUCCCUGAGACGUCCUUCACUGCAGUCACCGCCUACCAGAACACCAGGAUCACGAAGCUGAAGAUCGAUCACAACCCAUUUGCAAAGGGUUUCAGGGAUGAGGGCACGUGUAAAAAAAGGCGUGGAAACAAAAACCCCGCAUGCCUGGAGAAAAGGGCCAAGAUAGCAGACGUAUUGAACGAGGACUCCAAGGAGAGCGCUUCACCAGACUUCUGCCAGUCGUCGUUCGAAGGUUACGAAGGAGAAGAAGGACACCUGGCCAAAAGGAAAGAAGAGGAUGCUGUAAAGGAGGAGCGGUACUCUCCCUGGGGCGCUGAGAGGCAGCAGGGCGUGAGGACCGACUCUCCCACUGAGGCCGACGCGAGGGAUAUCUACAACGCGGAACAGCUGGUCCCCGCUCCUGCCGCCUACCAGCCGUACAGGGCCCAUGAGUAUGGGAAGUCUCCAUCCCCCUCCUCCAGCGUCGGCAGCGGCAUCAGCGGUUCUGGACGGAGGAGCUUCGAGCCCAGGGUUCCCGAAAUCUCCGCCGUCCCCGAUCACGACUUCUCAAAGCCCGGCCCGUCCCACUGUGGCCCCCAGCACCUCCCGGGCCCGCAGGACUACAGCGGCGUGCUGAACAUGAGCAUGGCCCAGGCCGGCAAGCCGGGCGUCAUCGGCCACCACAUCUACAGCCCCUACGGCUCGGAGCAGCCGCUGGCCCAGUGGAGCGGCCCGGGGCCCGCCCAGUAUCCCCCUCCUCACCCUCUCACCGCCGACUACACCACGCAAAGCCACGUGCAUCACGGCUAUCACCACGGCAACGUGGGCGAGUGGAGCCAGUAUCCGCUGUUCUCUUAUUCCUGCUGGUGAGGAGGACCGUCGGCGUCAAACUGACGAAGAGUUUAUUAAAUCUGCUGCGCCCACCGGCUGACGCGCAGCUCCCAGAUCUGACUAAGCAUGCCCAAACAACGCCGAGGGCCCCACAGCGGCGGGCGAGAGGCGGGUUCUGAAAGGAGAGGAGCUGUGGCCCGGCUGGCCUCGGCUUUCUGCUCAGACUGGGAGGAUGCAGAAUCUCUCCAAACGUUGGAAACCAAAUGUCCGCCCGGCCCCGUCGGCCGACUGUCCCCGUCUAUUUAUUUCAUAUUUUUGUCUCAUCUCCAGCGUAAAUAUUAUUUUUGUACAGAAAAAUAAAGAAUUAAAUAACGUGUGCCAAAUAUGUGUCUAUGCCUUGCAAUGUGAAGUGACAAUAAAAUCCUUACGGGAUAUAAUUGGUUGUG